UUCAAUCCAAGACGACUGUAAGUACGGUUAAAGAGUGCGUGUCCACCCAAAAACAAAAUGGUUCAAUAGAACUCAGUGAAACCAUAAGCAAGCAUGUUGACGUUUCAAAGGAAUCGUUGAUCAAUGUCGUUCACUCUUACGCUGUUAGCGAACAAGUCAAGAAGGUUAAAGAUGAAACAGUCAUCUCAACAGCUUUAGCGAUCAGUUAUCUCAAAUCUACAGCAUCCGCUCACGAAAAUCACUGGCUGAUUCAGUACAGAAUGGCAAGAAAAUAUCUAAGUGAAAAAGUUAAUGAUGUUAAAUUAGAAGAAGAAAUUUUGAAGUCUUGUGAUAAAUUGGUUGUUAAUAAGACAACACACAAAUCUAUCCUCAAAGAAAAAGCAAAGAAGAAACAAGAAGCCUUGACUUACCUCAAUAAUAAGACUUCAGCCGCGACCGUAACUAGCAUUGUUUCAACUCAAAAAUCAGACGGUUCAUUAGAAUUGAGCAAAGAUCUUAGCAAGCAACUUGAAGUUUCAUCCUCCGAAACUCUCGUUACUUCAAUUAAAUCGUUUGUUGUAAGUUCAAAACUUAAGAAACUUACAAAUGUUCAAAAUAAAAAAUUGAUUGAAUCCGCCGUCAUCAUCAGCUAUUUGCAGAACGCAGCUUCAUCACAAGAACAACACUGGCGAGUUCAGUAUGAGAAUGCCAUAAAUUAUCUUCACAAAGAAAUCAAUGACACAGUAUUAGAAGAAGAACUAUUGAAAGCUUGUAAGAAAUAUGUUGUUCAAAAAAGCACUACUGUUGUAGUCAAAAAACAAAAGGUAAAGCAAAAGAGAAUCGCCUUGACUAUCGCUCAAUCGAAGACUACAGAAGAAACUGUCAAGAAAGUUGUUACAACUCAAAAAUCAGACGGUUCAUUUGGAUUGAGUGAUGAAGUAAGCAGGCAACUUGACGUUUCAUCAACGAACACCUUAGUAAAUACUUGUCGCGUUUUUGCAACGAGUGAGCGUGUCAAGAACCAAGUCAAGGAUGAUUCAGUUUGGACAACAGCGAUCACAAUUAAUUAUCUAAAACACAACGCUUCAACCUAUGGAUCAACCUGGAAAGUGCAAUAUGAACUUGCCAGAAAGUAUCUCCGCGAAAAAGUUGGUGAUACCGAUUUGGAAGAGGAAAUCUUGAAAACUACCAAGAAGGUUGUUGUAGAAAAGACUACAUAUAAAAUUACAAAAGAACAAAAGAAGGAAGAGAAGCGAGCCGCAUUGUCCAUUGUUCGAUCAAAAACCAAUGUCAAGACAAUCAAAGUUGUUAAAGAAUCGCAAAAGACUGACGGAUCAUUCAAACUUAUUGAUACCAUCGCUCAACAACUUGACGUUUCUUCCAAAGAAGCUCUAAACAAUUCUUUGAUAAUUUAUACCACCAAUGAAACCUUGAAGAAAUGCGUCAAAGAGAAGAAGUAUAAUGAUGAUGUUAUUUCAACUGCGAUCACCAUCUCCUAUCUAAAAGUUAACGGUUCUACAGACGAGUCAACGAAAGAAUACAUAAAAGCUAGAGAGUAUCUCAAGAAACAAAUUAAUGACAACGCGAUUGAAGAAGAAAUUUUGAAAGUAACUACGAAGCUCGUCGUUGACAAAUCUACAAAGAAAGUUAUCUCGAAGCAGAAGAAAUCCGAGAAGCGUCAAGCGAUUUCUGACAUUCAAAAAAGCUGUUCGCCCGAAAAAACCCAAUCCAUCAUUUCUAAACAAAAGAGUGAUGGGUCAAUUGAAUUAAGCGAUACAGUCAGUAAAGAUCUAAACAUCAGCAAGGAAAAUUUGAAGGCCACCGUUAGUACCAUAACAACAAAUGAAAAAGUCAAGAAUGCUUCGGAAUCAGCUUGGACUACCGUGUUAAGCUUAAAUUAUUUGAAAUUAAAUUCAGGUUCGCUUGAAGUUAAAGAAAAAUAUGAUCAAGCGAAGAAUUAUCUCAAAACACAACUCGGAAACGAUGAGAAAGCUGUGGAUGAAAUGUUGAAAGUAUCUGACAAAUUGGUAAAAGAAAAAAUCGUAGUUAAACAAGUUGAAGAGAAGAAGCGAGUAGAAAAGCAAAAAGCUUUAUUAACCAUCCAAUUAAAGACCACAGAAGAAACAAUUAAAACCGUCACUUCAACUCAAGAAAAAGAUGGAUCUUUUGGAUUAAAUGAUGUAGUUUGCAAGCACCUCGACAUCCCUUCGCCAGUAGUUCUCGUUACAACGGCCAAGAAAUACGUGAAAAGUGAAAAAUUAAAAAAUAUAGACAAUCCCAAAUUAUUUAACACGGCCGUUACUAUCUCCUAUUUAGAAAAUACAUCAUCUGCUCGUGAUAGCAAGUGGAAGGAAAAGUAUGAUCAGGCUAGACAAUAUAUCAAAGAGCAAAUCAAGGACAAUGAUUUAGAAGAGGAAUUGUUGAAGGCAUCUCAAACAUUGGUCGUCGAAUCAUCUACAAAUGUUGUCCGCAAACAGGAACGACAGGAAAAGAAGGCUGAAAAGGCAGCAGCUCUGAUAUCUCUUCAAUCAAAGAACACUGUGGAAGAUACAAAAAAAGUCCUUACCGAUCAAAAAUCAGACGGUUCCUUCCAAUUGAGUAAGGUUAUCACGGAAAAGAUUGACGUUUCUGAAUCAAACCUUAAUGAUACCGUUAAAUCAUACGUUAAAAGUGAGAAACUUAAAUCAAAAGAGAGUGAUAAAUGGUGGAAAACGGCCCUUUCGAUUCAAUAUUUGAAAAAGACAGCCGAUCAACAUCAAAAUGAAUGGACAGAUAAGUAUGACCAGGCGAAAAAAUAUUUGAUUAAUGAAGUUAAAGACGAAAAACUAGUAGAAGAAUUAUUAACUGCCUCAGAUAAGAUCAUCGUAGAAAAGGGUACAGAUAAAGUAAUCACCGAAGAGAAAAAGGCCGUAUCCAGUGCCAUUCAAAACUCUACUUCAACAGAAAAAGUCCAAGACAUCGUAUCAAAACAAAAAGACGAUGGAUCCUUAGAAUUAACCGAGACUGUCACUAAAGAACUUGAUGCCGAAACUACCGAAUCACUAGCUUCCACC